AUGGUGCUGCUUGGGGUGUUGAUGUCCAUGGGGACGCUGAUGUUGGGGCACCUGCUGCAAGACUUCCUCGGCGAUCCGGUGCAGGAUCUCGAAGACCGGCAGUGGGUCUGGAGCCGGUACGGCACAGCAAACAGAGCCAUGUACACCCUGUAUGAGAUCACCUUUUCAGGCAGUUGGCCCAACAACGCACGGCCUGUGAUCGAGAAAGUCAGUCAGACCUUUGCGAUCUUCUUCGUGUUCUACGUUACAAUUAUCGCAUUUGCGGUCAUAAGGGUGAUAAGCGCCGUUUUCCUCAAGGACACGCUCGAGGCGGCCCAGAAUGACGCUGAACAGCUGAUAGUCGAGCGCAUGCACCAGAAGGCAUCGUACAUCGAGCAACUGGAAGGUGUUUUCAGAGCCAUCGAUGCAACUGGUACCGGCAUGAUCACGGAGGAGCGGCUCACCCAAAUUCUCGCCAACCCCAAAGUCCAGGCAUACUUUCAGACCAUCGAUCUGGACUUGCAUGAAGGAACCGCGCUUUUCCACCUGCUGGCCAACGCGGACGGAGAGGUAACUCUCGAUGAGUUCAUAAAUGGAGUACUACGAUGCAGGGGUCCCGCACGUGCCAUCGACCAAGUCGCCUUGCAUGCGGACCUGGCGCGUCUUGAGGCAAAAGUGGACAAGAUCGCAGACCACAUACUUGGCCCUAGGCAACGAGUGACAGACCGCCGUGUCGAGAGCAUGAAGGCCUUCCGCAUUGACGCCUCUAUCGAGGGCGCUGAAACUCGCACAUCGCUUCACGAUCAGGCUUCUGCGCCCGUGGCCGCCGAGAAGCGCCUCGAGGACAUGCCUGCGAGAGAGGUCACGGACUCCCAACAGUCGCAGCAGACACGACCUCAAACUCUGCGGAAGCACUCUACCUUCGGCAUCUCCGACUACCAGAGUGAGCUGAAAGUUGGCCUGGCUGCGCCUCUGCCUGCCAUCUCCAGAAGCACCGCCUCACUACAGAUGUCCAGUGGAGUAGGCGCAGCAGGUCAAUCAGGAAGCUGCUGCCGUCGUCGGUGUUGCUCUUGGUCUCGAUAUAUUGCGACCACCCCCGAAGAGGAAACCGCCCACAGCCAGCUGUCCAAGUUGGCUUCGAUCAUGCUGGAUGAAGCCAAUGAGAGCCACCGGACGGCCAUGGAGGAGUAUUGGGAGCUCAUGCUCGGAGCCGAGGUGCCCUAUGAAGUCCGGUCGAAACGAUGGUCGGACGACCUCGGCUUCCAGAGCGCCAAUCCCUGGACCGACUUCCGUGGAGGAGGCCUUCUGUCUUUGCGCUGUCUCCUCUACUUUGCAGACAAGCAUACUGCCCAGGCACGGCGUCUAAUGGAGGAGGCGAAGUUUCCUUCACGCGCUUGGUAUCCUUUCUCAGCUGCCGGCAUUACGAUUUGCCAGCUACUUGCGGUCCACCUGCGGCUGCACGCGCGGCCUAUGCUGGGUCCUGUAAAGACGCUCCCUGCAGCGCACCCCUUGGCCAUGAAGCGCUUUCUGGCUGAGCUUGCUAAGAGAGAUCCCGUGGAGGUCUUUGCGAGCUACUGGAUGGCUGCGCUGUGCAAGCUUCACAAGGAGUGGCAAGAGCUGUGCGUUCGGGAUCCGAACGCCAAUAUCUCAAUGUCCUUCAACCGUGUCUACGAGUACGUGGGUGUGGCUGUGGAGAGUGCGUUGGCCACGAAACACUCCGACCGCUUGCGUGUCCUCAAAGAGGUGAACGCCAGGUCCUCCAUUACUAGCAGCCACAACUUGCUCGUUCGCGCGGAGUCUAGGGUCCUCGUCGGCAUGGUGCGGUUGGAGCACCUCUUCCUUUGUCUCGGCUACAAGCUGAAGAGCUCCCGGCCUAGCCUGCAGGAUGAGGAGGACUUCAAGGUUCAGCCAACCCGAACCAGAUCAAGUUCCUCGGUGGACAGUGAUGUGUCGAUGGCCGUGCCCGAACUGAUCGACUCGGCAGAGGUCUACCGCUUAUACAGGGGUGCCUGCGGCGCUGAGGGGGACAUUCAGGAGCGAUGUCGCAUCUGGGUGGACUUCACGCGUUUGCAGGUUGCAGUCGCCGAGUACAACACCCCCGCAUCCUCUGCGAAUUGCAUAUCCCUUCUGGACAUUACGUGGUGUCACUGCGACGCAGUGGACCAGGAUUCAUCCUGGCUCUACCGCAUCGACGUUUUCAGCCGGAACCCUCCGAAAGGAGGAGCUUCUCCGACACGCCAAACUCGGCCGGAACCCAUGCAGAAGCCUAGAAUUAGCGUUGCAGGGUCCUCGACCGCAUUGCAAGAAUUCGGACUCGCGCUACAAAAGCUGCUGAAGUCUCGGGACAACGAGGGUCACGGCCGCCUGUACUUCAUCCAAAAGCGACUCUUUCAAUAUCUCUGGAGAUCGGUCCAGCUGUCAGUCAGUGAGGAUCGGCUGGUGGAGGCGCAGGCAGUCUUGGCUUUCAACCUGAAUCCAAAGGAUGGCAUCGCAUACUUGAAGCGGAAAUUGAAGAAGGACACCGAUGAUGAGAUUGGUGAAUGGCUCUCGCAGGUGUGCACAGAACGUGGCGGCCUAGAUCCAACGAUGCUAGGAGACUACUUCAGCAGACGAGACACCCUGCAAAUUUUUUGGAGCUUCGUGAGCCGCAUUGAUUUCUCCAAGCAAGAUUUGGUUUCUGCACUGCGACAGCUCUUUGACACCUUCAAACCAGGAGGAGAGGGGCAGGUGAUCACACGCAUCUUGGAGCAUUUUGCGGAGUCCUACUAUCUGCAAUGGCAGAAGAAUCGUGACUCCGCCAGUAGCCUGACCAACUUCAAGUCCUCCGACACUGUUUUCCAGGUGGCCGUCAGCCUGAUCAUGCUGAACACAGGCCUGCACGUGGCCAGCAAGAAGCUGAAGAAGGCGAACACAGCAGCCAUGACCUUGGAGGAAUACAUCUCCAACACAAGGCGUUUGGUUUCCGAGGAGGAGGUCCCCAACGAGGCUCUGAGGACCUGGUUCGAGGACAUCAGUUGUACAGAGAUCUCCGUGGAACCCAUGCCACGCACGCCUUUCUCCAAGCUGCCUGUCCAACCGAACAUCGAGGGAUGGCUCGUGGCUGUGAUGGAUGGGUCGCUUCGCCUCCGAUUCUGGGCCGUGCUGGUGCUCCAGCGCAUCUACCUCUUCUCAGACUCGCAGGGCGACGUGGACCCUGAGGAUGUCAUCGACUUAAAGGAUGUAGCAGUCGCAGCGCUCGCAGACGCUUAG